UAUUUAAUGAUAUUGUUCAUGGUUCAAAUCAUCAUGCAAUUAACGUUAAUUUCCCACAUCUUGGUUAACACUUUUAUACCUUUAAUAGUUAUCGUUAUGGUUAAUCAUUACUGUCGUGGCCCAUACUCCCCAGCACCGCAUAGCACAUCUUAGACGGUUUUUGGUGUUAUUGUUGUUGUGAAUUUGUAACCUAUAGUUACUGUAACGUCGAGAAUUGUGUGUUGUUCAUCACUAUCAAUAAUUGAUAACGUUUAACAGACAGAGAUAAGGAAAACUAGUAAAAUUUAAUAUUUCCAUUUUUUUGAAAAUUAUUGAGUAGUGAGCUUCUUAUUAUUAUUAUUAAUAUUAAGAUCACCAAUAACCAAUAUAACCAUCAAUCACCAUUCACCAUUGUUCAAUUAUGUUGACAAACCACAAAUGAUUACACGAUUACAUAGCCACAGAGUUUCAAUGGCUAUUCAAUCUUUUAUUACUUUCAUUUUGUAUUUUGAAUAUAAUACAAUUUGUUAUUUAAAAGACAAAUGAGCUAUGGAUUUCAAUUUUGAAAAUUGUAUUAAAGAAGGUUUGAAAAAUUUGACGAUUUCACCUGCAGCUAAAAACAAAAAUGAAGAAGAAUAUUUCAAAGAAGUCAUGCAGCAAGAUGACACAGGAGUUAUUAUUCUUAAGAGAUUAUCUGGUAUUGAUCUACCAAUAUUUUAUAUACCACAAAUUGCCGAAGAAGUCAACGUUUUUAAAGCUCAACUAAGAGCUGAAGCUCGUGGUCGAUUUUUCGAAAGAGAGCUGUCAAGAUUAUUAACUAGUGAAGAGUUAAAAUAUAUGUGGUCAUUGCUUCAAGAGCAUCAGACAUCAUUAAAUGAUUUUAUUCAUAAUCAGUACAUAAAUUAUAACAAUUUUAUUCAAGUCAAACAAAAAUUAAAUGAUAAAUACCAAUUGUUUUUCAACCCUAGUAUAUUUCUACAGUUACAAGACAGUAAGAUCAAAGGUUAUUUAUCAAUAGAUACAUUCUUUAAUUAUAUAAUGAAAAAAAUAUGGAUAGACCAAACUAGAAAUGGACUUUCUCAAUAUGAUUCUAGUGGUUGUGGUUAUCUAAGUGAAGCGGAUUUUGAAGCUUAUAUUUUAGAUCUCAUACCUACAUUAACACAGUUGAAGAAACUAGAAAAAAUGUUCUAUUCAUUUUAUUCGUGCAUGGUCGUAAGAAAAUUUUUUUUCUACUUGGAUUCUCUACGAACUGGAAAAAUACAAAUCAUUGAAAUAUUAUCUUGUGGUUUUCUCGAUGAACUGUUAGAGCUCCGUGAAGAAAAUUGGAGUAAGGAAUCGCAAAAAAAAAAUUGGUUCUCUGUUCCAUCUGCUCUUCAUAUUUAUUCAUCAUAUUUAGAAUUGGAUAAAGAUCAUAAUGGAUUGUUAAGUCGCCAAGAAAUAACAGGGUAUAAAUCAGGUGCUCUCACUUCAGUAUUUUUAGAUAGAGUGUACCAAGAUUCAUUUACUUAUGAUGGUGAAAUGGACUACAAGGGUUAUUUGAACUUCGUUUUAGCUACAGAAAAUCGUCAUGAACCCCAAUCUUUACGAUAUUUAUUCAGAUUUUUAGAUAUAAAAAAUCAAGGAUACUUGGAUUCAUUUACCAUCAACUAUUUUUCUAGGGCUGUUGCUGAUAGAUUACCAAAAGAGCAACAACAAAUGGUUUCAUUGGAUGAUAUAAAAGACGAAAUAUUUGAUAUGAUCAAUCCUGAAAAUCCAGGAAAAAUAACUUUAAAAGAUAUCAUACGCAGUAAAAUGGGUCAUAUAUUAGUGAACAUUUUAAUAGAUUUUAAUGGAUUUUGGUCUUAUGAGUUCAGAGAAACUCUAGCAAAUAAUCGUAUCCCUGACAAUAACUUUAACGAAAGUUUUGUUACACAUUAACACAUCACAAAAUUCAUCUCAAUUAUAAAUUAGGUACCUAACUAUUAAUUAAAUCAUCUGAUUUGUAAUUUAACUAUUUAUAACAUUCAUGCCGUUGUUUAAAUUUCAUACUUGUAUUUUAUCAAUUAUUCAAGAGUAUUAAAUGAAUGGUAGAAAGCAGAAUUUGUUUGUAUUUAUCAUUUUUUUUUUAUUAAUAAUCUCAACAUCAAUGUUAUAAAUAAAUAAAAUAUACUAUAAUGUCUUACUAUUGAUUAGAAUUAUUAGUUAAGCAUAUUUAUUUUUUAAAUGUAAAAACUACUAUUUAUUAAUGUAAUGGAGUGUUUGUCACUAUUUUUGAUAAAUACUUUAAUUGUAUUCAUUAUCUAUCACUACUUCCACCUAUCACAUAAAUUAAUUAAUUUAAUGAACUUUUGAUCAUCAUAACAUUGUAAAAAUGUUUGAUGUGUUGGAAUAAAAUAGUUUUAAUGUAUACAAAGAUGAUUGAAGAUUUCAACUAUGAUGAUUAAUGUAUACCAAAUAUUAUACUAAUAUUUUACCCAUA